AUUUGAUCCUGCUACGAAUCAGUGGUCGGAUGACGUCGCUCCAACCAUUUCGACACACUAUACAUGUAGUUUAGCCGUACUUGACAACUCUCUUUACGCAGUCGGUGGAACUGACACUUAUGACAUUAAUAUGGGUGUCGAACGGUAUGACGUCCGACGAAACGAAUGGAAGUACGUGGGAAACAUGCAAGAAGCUCGAGCCGGGGCUGCUGUCUCCGUGCUUAAUGGUUGUUUAUACGCUCUUGGAGGACAUGAUGAACGAACAGAAUGGAAUACUGUGGAGAG